AAUGAUUAUCACACUUAUUAUAAUCUUUAUAUAUAUCCCACUGGGAUUCGCUCUGGUUGUUUCUCAGCCUUAUCGUGUGACAGGAAAAGAUGGAGAAGUCUCCAUACACUGCUCUUUUAGAUCCAAACUGAGGCCGGAAGAGGUCCAGGUUUCUGUGUAUAAAGCAUUGCAUGGACACGAGAGGAUCUGUAGCGCGUAUGUCAACCUCUCAGAGCCCUACUUCGCAACAGAUGGCCCAGUUCGCUGCAGAGGGAAUAUUAACUUUGGAGGAGUGGAUCUGAUCAUCGCUGGACUGCGAGGGGAAGACACGGACGUCUAUCGCUGCGAGAUCGAGAUCCUCUUUCCACCUCCAUAUCUCAGAGCGCUCGGGAACGGCACUGUUGUUUACAUACAAGAAAUCCCAAACUGCCUCACUGCACACAAUGCAUCCACCCAGAGCCAGCGUCAAAGCAAGAGCCAGACAUCUUAUCGGGAAACUGUUGAAAAUGAUAUUGGUCCACUUCUUCUGCUAUACAUCAUCUUGAUCAUCACUUCCUGCAGUUUUUUUCUACAGAUCGCCAUCUGCAAAUGGAGAACUUCUUCAUCUAUGGCACCGAUGCUUUCCCAAAAAGAGAGCUAUGUGAAAUUCUAGGGGGCGUGAUUUUCCCCUUCCUGCAUGUCCUAGCAUGUAUUCACACCUGCAUGUACUCGCAUGUCAUUUUCUCCCGCAUGUAUUUACAUGUCAUUUUUACCUGCAUGUAUUGACAUGUAUGCACUGUAUUUUCUACAUGUACUCACAUGUAUUCCUACCUGCAUGUAUUCACAUGUAUUUACACUGAUAUUUGACGUUGUUAUUUCAUUUUUUAAACAAUAGUUUUCUUUUUUAUGUUAAAAAAUAACCUUUAAAGGGGACCUAUUAUGCAAAAAUCAGUUUUAUAAGAAGUUUAAAUACAUUUGUGUGGAAACUAUGUGAAUAUAACCAGCUUCUAAUGG